GCGGCGGCUGGCGCCGUUUGCCCAAUUACUUAACUGUAAAGCGCCCUGUGUUGACGAUUUGCCGGAUUCUGACACCAUAUUGCAUCCGGACUCUGGAGCAGCAAUCAUCACCAUUUGUGCCCGAUUGUGCCCAAUUCUGCUGUCGCUUCCUCUUUGUUCCAUACCGGCUCGGCAUGUUGCGUUCUUUUUCUCCUUUCGGUCACGGCCUUGGCUCUGCACAGAAACAGUGCUCCGCUCCGUGCUAGUGCCUGACGGCAGACACAUGCCACGGCCACGGCCAUGGUCGCCCCCAUGCCAUGCUCCCACUUUCCCCCCCGUUCCGUUUGGCUAUAAAAACAGAUUCGGUCGCCUUCCUACUGUCUGUCUCCCCUGGCCCUGCUUGUGUGGUGCUUCUCCUUUCCUCUCCUCUGCCUUCCCUUCUCUUCCCCUAUCAAGAGAUAGUUUAUCCUCUACUCACAGUCACAAAAAGAACGCCACACCGCAAUGUCCGAGCAAGUCUUUGAAAAGAAAUACGUGUACACCGUCUUGCCACCAAGAACCGGUCUUUUGAGAAACUCCUGGUACAAGAGAUCCAACGAAUGGAGACCAUACCCUUCGUCCUGCUCCGUUGGUUUGGCUUUCAUCGCCGUCUCCCUCUUUGUCUUGGGUUUGGUCCUCUGUCACGCAAGAAAGGUCGAAUCCCCAGCCAUCUUGACCGGUAUGUUCUUCUUCGGUAACGGUUUGAUUCAAAUCAUCAUGGGUAUCUGGGCCAUUGUCGACGACAACUUAUUCGGCUCCACCCUCUUGCUCUGCUACGGUGGUUUCAUCAUGUCCUACGGUGCUGCCGCCUCCGACUUGUUUGGUGUCAUCUCGUCCUACCCAACCACCGCAAACUACACCUCCGCCAUCGUCUUGUUCCUCUCCGGCUGGGUCGUUUUCGACUUCCUCUUGUUCUUGUCCACCUUCAAGUCCACCAUCCCAUUAUUUGCCUUGACCUUCUGCAAGUGGUUCUUCAUGUUGUUGUUGACCAUUGCCGAAUCCGGUAACCACUCUGCCGUCAGAGUCGUCUCCGGUAUCUUCUGCUUCAUUACCUCCAUCUGUGCUUUCUACGCCUUCUACGAUGGUAUGCAAACCACUGCUUCUUCAUACUUGCCAAUCAACGAACCAUCAUGGUUGAGAAUGCCAGCUGGCCACAAGGAACCAGAUGACGAAGACAAGAUUGCCGUCAUCUAAAUGUGAACCAGUCGCUAAAUUUCUUUCACCCUCUUAUCAUUGAAUACUGCACACCUUCAUUCCGUUUGUUAAAAGAAAAAAAAUAAAAAAAAGAUAUAAGAUAAGAAUAAAAAACCCCUCAGAAGAAAAUCAAUCAUAUAUCAUUAAUAAUAUUUCACACCACUAUAGUGUAUAUCUUACACAUCUCUGCCAAAAUUAUGACUUUAUGAUUUCAUGCUUUUAUUUCUUAAUCAUUAAUUAAUUUAAUUUCCUUUUAAUUUUUAAUCGUUUUUUUUCUUGUUUUCUGUGUGUUAUUGAUACCUAACAACUCCUACUAUCACUAAUUUAAUACAACUUCCAUAAAAUCUAUAUAAAUAAAUUUGGUUAGACAACUUUUAAUAUAAUCCCAUACAUCUAUCGU